AUGCCGAAACCCCUAGAUCUUAGAGGCAAUCGUCUCAACCAUGUGGCUCUAAUUGGAGUGGUCAUGCCCGCCAUGAUGUCACUGGGUUAUAACCAGGCAUUGCUCGGUGGAGUAUUGACGAUGGACUGGUUCCAGGCGCAAUUUCCGCAAAUGGAUGUGGGCGAUGCGCUUCCUGCCGAGCGGCAUCACAAGUCAACUGUGCAAGGAACUGUUGUGGCGUUGUAUGCCGCCGGCGGGCUCUUAGGGGCCAUUGCCUGUGUUGCUCUGGGAGAUGUCCUCGGACGGCGGCGCACCAUCACAAUCGCCACGGUGAUCCACCUUAUCGGAGCUUUCCUCGCGGCGAGCUCCUUUGAUCUUGCGCAGCUUGUGGUGUCGCGCGUGAUACUAGGAUUUGGGUGUGGGGGUCAGCUUGCGACCGUUCCAAUCUGGCAGUCCGAGAUAUCUCCCGCCAAAAAGCGAGGUGCUCAUGUUGGAACGGCUGGUGUCUUCAUAGGAAUGGGCCUCGCAUUGGCGCUACUGGUGGAUCUUGGCAUGUCCUUCGCUGAUAGGAGUGUGAGCUGGCGUCUCCCUCUGGCGUUGCCGAUCCUGAUGUGCUUACCGGUCCUCACACUUGUUUCUCGGUUGCCAGAGUCUCCCCGUUGGCUGGUCCAGCGAGGCCAAUUCUCGGAGGCCGGCGAGGUCAUUUCAAUGUUCAGGCAAACAACGGCGGACAAUGACGCGGUAAAGCAAGAAAUAAAAGAUGUGAUGUCUUCAUUGGCGAUUGCUGGAACAGGCCCCUUUACCCAAAUCUUUCAAAUGGGGCAUCAGAGAUUGUUUCACCGUGCAUCACUUGCGGCAGGAGGUCUGAUAAUGCUCCAAAUGACAGGUAUCAAUUGCAUCACGUUGUACAGCACAACUAUUUUUCAGACUCAUCUUCAUCUCAGUCCAAUUACAUCGAGGAUUCUGGGGGCAGUCUACCAAAUAUCCGGUGCCAUUGGGGGCGGCGUCUGUGUCUUUUCCAUUGAGAGCUUUGGUCGCCGAUCUCUAAUGCUGUGGAGUGCGGUUGCGAACACUGUUUGCAUGGGUCUAGUUGCUGGGCUGAGCUCUCCGGCAACCAACAACAUCGCUUCACACGCAGCGGUUGUCUUCAUGUUUUUCUUCCACUUCAGUACGACUGUUGGAUUUGGUGGAAUCCCAUUUCUUUACGCAUCUGAAGUAGCCCCACUUAGCCUGCGUACCACAAUUAACGGGGUCGGUUCUGGGAUAUGGUGGGCUUUGAAUGUGUUGAUCGCUUUGGUGACACCUAUUGCCUUUAACAGUAUCGGUUGGAAAUACUUUGUUAUUUUUGCAGGGUUGAAUGCCGUCACAGUACCUGUGGUCUAUUACUUUUAUCCCGAGACCGCUGGUCUCACAUUGGAAGAUGUUGACGAGGUUUUCAUCAUGUCCACAGGGGUGUUGGAUACGGUUCACGUGGCCAGGCAGCUGAAAAGGAGACCUGUCACAAUCCCCUGUCAGGAUAACACUGAAUCUAACAAAGGCAAUGGGACGACUUUGGGGUGA